AUGGAGGCCUCCUGGCUGGAGACUCGCUGGGCGCGGCCCUUGCACCUGGCUUUGGUGUUCUGCCUGGCGCUGGUGCUGAUGCAGGCCAUGAAGCUUUACCUGCGGAGACAGCGGCUGCUGCGCGACCUGCGCCCCUUCCCGGGACCUCCUGCCCACUGGCUCCUGGGACACCAGAAGUUUCUUCAAGAGGAUAAUAUGGAGACUCUUGAUGAGAUUGUCAAAAAGUACCCUUGUGCCUUCCCCUGCUGGGUAGGGCCCUUUCAGGCAUACUUCUACAUCUAUGACCCAGACUAUGCAAAGAUAUUUCUGAGCAGAACAGACCCAAAGACCCAGCAUCUGCACCAGCUCCUGACUCCGUGCGUUGGAAGAGGACUCCUGAAUUUAGAUGGGCCCAGGUGGUUCCAACACCGCUGUCUCCUAACUCCUGCAUUCCAUCAGGACAUCCUAAAACCAUGUGUGGACAUGAUGGCCCACUCUGUGAACGUGAUGCUGGAUAAAUGGGAGAAGAUGUGGACCACUCAGGAAACAACCAUCGAGGUUUUUGAACACAUCAACUUGAUGGCCCUGGACAUAAUCAUGAAAUGUGCUUUGGGCCAGGAGACCAACUGCCAGAUAAGCGGCACCCAUGAGUCUUACCUGAAGGCAACAUUUGAACUUGGUGAAAUCAUAUCUUCUCGCUUGUACAAUUUCUGGCAUCAUCAUGACAUAAUUUUCAGACUUUGUCCUAAGGGCCACUGCUUCCAGGAGUUAGGCAAAGUGAUACACCAAUGCACAGAAAAGAUAAUCCAUGACAGAAAGAAAAUCCUCAAGAAUCAAGAAAAUCAGGAUGAAACCCAAACGCCUCAGAAUCUUCUGGAUAUUGUUCUUGCUGCCCAGGCUGAAGAUGAAAGAGCCUUCUCCGAUGCUGACCUUCAGUCUGAGGUGAGCACCUUCAUGUGGGCAGGACAUGACGCCUGUGCAGCUGGCGUCUCCUGGCUCCUUUACUGCCUGGCUCUGAACCCUGAGCAUCAGGAUAGAUGCCGGACUGAGAUCAGGAGCGUCCUGGGAGAUGCGUCUUCCAUUACCUGGGAACAGCUGGAUGAGAUGCCAUACACCACAAUGUGCAUCAAGGAGUCACUUCGCUUGAUUCCUCCUGUCCCAUCCAUCUCCAGGGAACUCAGCAAACCCCUUACUCUCCCAGAUGGACACUUGCUGCCUGCAGGAAUGACCGUGGUUCUUAGUAUUUGGGGUCUCCACCACAACCCUGCCAUCUGGAAAGACCCAAAGGUCUUUGACCCCUUGAGAUUCACUAAGGAGAAUUCGGAUCAGAGACACCCCUGUGCCUUCCUACCAUUCUCUAGUGGUCCAAGGAACUGCAUCGGCCAGCAGUUUGCCAUGCUGGAGCUAAAGGUGGCCACUGCCUUGACUCUGCUCCGUUUCCAGGUAGCUCCAGACCUCACCAGGCCCCCUGCCUUCUCCAGCCACACUGUCCUCAGACCCAAGCAUGGAAUCCACUUGCACCUGAAGAAACUCCCUGAGUGUUAG